AUGUCUGAUCCGGGACCGUCGGCUACAACUUCUGAACCGCAAACCUGUGAGGUCUGCUAUCUGGAGAAGGACGCCCGAUACAAAUGUCCAAACUGCAAGAUAGCUUAUUGCUCCGUGAAAUGCUAUCGCGGCGCAAAACAUCGUCAAUGCUCCGAACAGUUCUACAAAUCAAGGCUUGAUGAUCAUCUAAACGAAGGCUCAGAAGCUCCGGGGAUUGAGACCUUCGAUGAGCGCAUGAAAAAAUAUUUGGAUGGUGAUGGUGAAGAUGUAAAAGGCCUGGAUCCCGAAGAGGCCGACGGUGAAUUGGUUGAUUCUGACGAUGAGGGUGAAGAUGAAUAUCUGAAAAAGGUGCUCCAAGACGUUGCGGAUGAAUACGACGUGUCAGAAGAUGAGCUGGAUCGGAGACUUUUGAAAUUCAAUCUUGGCGGCGACGCGGAUGCACUACUUGAGAGCUUGACGGAAGAAGAGCGCAAAGCUUUCGCUGGAUUGGCACAACAGAUCCACGACGAUGAAGCUGGCUUGGGCAAGUCGUGCUUCCGGCAAAAA